AAAGAUUGGAGCAGAGGAGAGAGACAGAGAGAACCAGAGAGAGAAGGGAAUGUGGUGAGAGAGAGAGAGAGAGAGAGAGAGAGAGAGAGAGAGAAGGGAAGCAGUGAACGGCUACCAUUGACGCUCCCGAGUUCCAUCCGCCAUUUCCCCAACUCAGCCGGGCGGUAAGCCCACUGUCAAUAGAGAGAGAGAGAGAGAGAGAGAGAGAGAGAGAGCACCGAAAAUCCGUUCGCUUUUUUAACCUCCCAACCCCCUGCUCUUCCCCUUCCAAACCCCAAAAAAGCCGAAUUUUGUUGUUCGUCCUCUUCGUUCCCGUCCCUGACAGGGCAUGGGUUUUAAGGAUCCAUAGCGACGGUCCCUAAUCCAUCGAGGAAGACGAGGAAGAAGGGACCCAGAAGGGCCGGGUUGGAGCAACAUUUCUGCUGCUUGUUUCAAUCCAUUCUCUGGUUCGCCUUCUUCUUCUUCACCUCCGUCGUCGUCGUCGUCAUCAUGUCUGAUGCUGGGUAUUAUAGUAGUUCCAAGAAGUGUGAUGAUAUCUGCGACGAAAUCUGUGGCCAGGGGAGUCGUGCUGCUCUGAGCAUGUCUCGGGUCCGGUGCUUCCUUCGAGGCCUUGAACUGAGGACGUGUGUCCUCUUCUUCGUCUUCAUCCCCAUCUUCAUCUUUGGCAUCUACUUGCAUGGGCAGAAGAUCUCCUACUUCCUGAGACCGCUCUGGGAGUCCCCUCCGAAGCCCUUCCAUAUAAUCCCUCACUACUACCAUGAGAACGUUUCAAUGGAGACCCAGUGCCAGCUCCACGGGUGGAAAGUUCGAGAGUUCCCAAGACGGGUCUUCGAUGCCGUUUUGUUUAACAAUGAGGUCGACAUCCUCACCCUUCGGUGGAACGAGCUCUACCCCUAUGUGUCCCAGUUUGUCCUCCUUGAGUCGAACUCGACCUUCACUGGUAUCCCCAAGAGACUUCUCUUUGCAGCGAACAGGGACAAGUUCAAGUUCGUUGAGCCCCGUCUCACUUACGGGACGAUUGGAGGGCGGUUCAAGAAGGGAGAGAACCCAUUCGUGGAAGAGGCUUACCAAAGAGUCGCGUUAGAUCAACUACUUAAAAUUGCGGGCAUUGAGGAUGAUGAUUUGUUGAUCAUGUCUGAUGUCGAUGAGAUCCCAAGUGCCCACACAAUCAAUCUCCUCCGAUGGUGUGAUGAUAUCCCUCCAAUUCUCCACUUGCAGCUGAGGAAUUAUUUGUAUUCCUUUGAGUUCUAUAAAGAUAGUAAGAGCUGGAGAGCCUCCGUACAUCGAUAUCAGACAGGAAAUACUCUAUACGCACAUUAUAGACAAACCGAUGUCUUGCUAGCUGAUUCAGGCUGGCAUUGUAGCUUCUGCUUUCGUUACAUCAGCCAGUUCGUGUUUAAGAUGAAGGCUUACAGCCACUGCGAUCGGGUGCGGUUCUCCCAUUACUUGGACCCGAAGAGGAUUCAGGAUGUGAUCUGUAAAGGUGCUAAUCUGUUUGAUAUGCUUCCGGAAGAGUACACAUUUAAGGAGAUUAUCGGGAAGAUGGGGCCCAUCCCUCACACUUAUUCGGCUGUACAUCUCCCUUCUUACCUCUUAAAUCAUGCAGAAGAGUACAGGUUCUUGUUGCCUGGGAACUGCAAGAGAGAGAGUGGCUGAGGCACUCGUUUGGAAAGACAAAGGUAGAUGUAGGCAUUGGUGUAUAAAGAUGAGAAGAGGGCAUUUCUUGGCCAUAGGUGUUGACAUUACUAAUAUUUAUUUGUGAGGUCUUCUAGUAUAUACUUAUCUUCGGGAAUCACGAAGUGUUCGGAACGAGGGAUGGAGGGUGGGAGGGAGUAGCGGUUGUGGCGUGCGGAGAGAUCUUUGCGUGCAACUUCUUGUCGGUAUUUUUCCCGGCCCACUGCUGAUUUAUAUUUACAUUACAUUGUGAGCUGUGACAUUCCCCAGCAGCCUUUUCUCUGCUGGGGAAUUUUUGCUGUGGAAAAAUCUAAUUUAAUCCGUACCUACAGAGAUUCAUUUACUAAA